AUGCCCCAACCCACCGCUUGGGACGUCCAGGCCGCCAUCGGCGAGCCCCGCGCCGUCAUCCGCGUGCGCGGCCUGCAGGCUACCCUUGGCCCCGGCGCUGGGCAGGAUGCAUGGGGCCGUAACGGCCGGCCACAGCCUGCCGUGCUCUCUGCCGAGGCCGUUCUGGCGGCACCGUUCCCCGAGGCAGCCAAUACCGACCAAGUAGCAGGCGAUACGGUCCAUUACGGCACGCUGAGCAAAGCGGUUCUCAAGAGCCUGAAGCGCUGGGACGAGGAACGGCCGCCCACCGGUCUGCUCCACGUUCUGGAUGGCCUUUGGAUUGACUUGACGGGCCGUAUGGCCACGGGCGCAAAACCAAGCUCGCCAGACGCGCCGUCGCAGGACCCGUCGCAGAACCCGCCCCUCCUUUCUGCUUCUGUGGUGCGCAGCCUCUCGGUGACGGUGCUCCUGCCCAAGGCCACACUGGUCGGCGAGGGCGUGUCGCUGACAUCCGCGGGCGUUUUGGCGCGUGCAGCCAAAGGCACAGCCCCGAUCGCUUCCAACACAUUGCGGCUGCACCGGCUGCGUGUGCCCACACUUGUCGGCGUGCAUCCCCACGAGCGGACGGCCAAGCAGGCCGUUGUGGCCGACAUUGCCCUUGACCGGUUUACCGAGUACGAGGACGUGUACACGCGGCUUGAGGCCUUUGUCGUUCAGAUUCUGGAGACGUCGGAAUUCGAAACGCUCGAGGCCCUGGCGACGCACAUUGCACGCCUGAUUCUGCUGAGAUUCCGCCCAAACGGACCGUUCCCAGGGCCCGACCUGCCUCCGUGGUACGUACACGUGUCGCUGGAGAAGCCGAUUGCGGUCCCGUCUGCAGAUGCGCCAGUCGUCGAGGUGCGCAUGGGAGCAGAGCAUUUGUGA